AAUCUCGCGGGACACCGGGGGGGGGGGGGGGACGGAGGCGGGGACAUCCUGCUAACAACAUGGCGGCCGAGCGGUUGUCCUGAUAUGUCGGCGAUGUGUGCAGCCAGUUAGUGCGGGAACGUCGGGGAUCAGUUACAUGUGAAGGAAGAAUUUCAAAUGAAAAGAAAAUGAGUGGGGGUCUGGCACCAAGCAAAAGCACAGUAUAUGUAUCAAAUUUGCCAUUUUCACUGACAAAUAGUGAUCUGCACAAGAUUUUUUCCAAGUAUGGCACAGUUGUAAAAGUUACAGUACUGAGGGACAAGGAUUCCAGGAAAAGCAAAGGUGUGGCAUUUGUUCUGUUCCUCGACAGAGAAUCAGCAUAUAACUGUACUAGGGCAUUGAAUAACAAGCAAUUGUUUGGCAGAACAGUGAAGGCGAGCAUUGCAGUCGACAAUGGCAGAGCAUCUGAAUUCAUCAGAAGGCGCAAUUAUACUGACAAAUCCAGAUGUUACGAAUGUGGAGAAUAUGGUCAUUUGAGCUAUGCUUGUCCAAAAAAUAUGCUUGGAGAGCGAGAGCCCCCCAAAAAGAAAGAGAAGAAGAAAAAGAAAAAAGUCAGUGAACCAGAAGAAAUUGAAGAGGAAGAGGAGGAAGAAAGUGAAGAUGAAGGAGAAGACCCUGCUCUUGACAGCUUAAGCCAAGCCAUUGCUGUCCAGCAAGCAAAAAUUGAGGAGGAAGAACUCAGACGUAAACAGACAGCUGGUGACGCAAGUGAAUGUUCAACAUCUGAACUGUCAAAGCGCCCACGGAUAAAAAAAAGUGCAUACUUCAGCGAUGAAGAGGAGUUGAGUGACUAGAUUGUUUUUCAUUACAGUGAGGGUUAGACACAUAUUUAAAUGGAGAAAGGGUGUUUAAAUGGUCCAGGUUAAUUAGACCAGAAUUCAAGGCUUCUUGGGUACUUGCGACCAUCGCAAAUAUAUGGACUGAAUAUUUUGAUGCAUUUUGGAAUUUUUGAUUUUUUUUUCUUUUUAAUACUUCCUAUAUUCAUAGUGAGAAGAUUAUUAUGAAGCAUGCCAACAGCUUCCAUAUCUUAAUGCUUCACAGCAAGUACAGAUAAACGAACAUGUUUUUGUGUGUGGUAGCCAAAUGUUAAUAGUAAUGUCACUUUUAUGGGUUGAAUCUCAUUGUAAAGAUCACAAUCAUGGAAGCCUUUGUUGCUGUCUAAUGCAAAAUUGUUGUUUAUUCCCUCUAAGAAUACACUUUACAAAAUUCUGCCAAUGUGAAUGAAACAGAGUUGUUUCAGACAUGACAUCAUUCCCACUUCAGAAAUAAAAGUGGGAAUUAAUUCACAUUUGAAAUGGCAGUUUUUUAAAAAAAUUGUGCAGAAAGGUAUUGUUGUCCAAUAAUAGUUUAUUAGCCUAAAAUCUUGCUUGCAUCAUAAAUGUUAUAUAAGGGUCGGUAAAAGCAACUUCAAAGCCUCUUACCAUGUGAAUAGUUCAUUCAGUCUGGUGUGCAGUUAUCAAUAACUGUAAUGUCUGAGGUCAUUGUAAUUUCAUUUCAAAAGAUCACACAGUGAACUCAGGUUCAUUGAAAAUUUUUCCUUUUUUAAUAUUCAUUUCUUUGAACCUGUAAGAAGUUGUUCAUAUUGUUUUAUUUAAUGGCAACUUUCAUUUUCGUUGCAUGUCUGGUGCAACUAUCUCAUAAGAAAGCUUUGAGACCUUUUGAUUUUAAUUAGAAUUGCAAAAGAAAAGCUCUUCUGUCCUGUUUCGGACCAGGUACUGGAAAGUUGCAUGCAACCUCCAUCGGUCAUUAAAUUCUAACCUCACCCAAUGUCUUGUAUCAAUUGAGCCUUGUGGACUUAAAUCAGUGGUGUUUGAAUAACUGUGUAUUGAACACUUACACCUCAUAAGCCCUCAGGCUGUCCCUAAAAGCUAUUUUAUUUGCACAUGUAUUCUUAUUUAGUGGUUUUUCCUAUUUUAAUUUUCAGUGUUUAAUUUUUCAAAAAAAUUGUUUGUUGUUACUUUACCUGCAAUAGCCAUUUGUAUCUGAAGCUGGACAUGUAUGCUAAUUAAUGGUAAUAGUAAUUUCAACUUUACAAGAUCCCAGCAAUGAUCUCGUGUGCAUUUAAGCAGCCCAGAAGGACAUGAGCCUUGAUCCUCUGGUCUUAAAGGGACAUACUGGUUUAAACAUAUCUCAGCAGCACAAAAACAAAAUGUAUCACUUGAUGUACUGAUUCUGUCUUUGUUAAACAGUGCAUCAUCCAAGUUCCCAAGAGCUUAGGUGUGGAAGAUCAACUAGUAUAUGUGAAUAAAGAAUAAACAGAACUGGUAAAUGA